UUGUGUUGGCGGAGCGCUACUUUUUUAAUUUCAGCAUCGUGUUUCACGCAUGCGUUCGCAGCUUAGUGCGCGGCGGCUCGAGGUCAUGAUUCAAAUCACAAACAGAAAAUAAUAGAUUUAUUAGUCGUUAGACGAGUGUCACAUAUUGUUGGUACACAGUUAGUGUCCGAGAUUCAUCCGAGCGUGUCGCGGCUAGGAACUGCAUCGAUUUAAACCUUUGCGUCUUUGUGUGUUUGGUAAAAAAAAUUUCAAAGUGCGCUUGCGAGUUCUCAGUCGCAAAAUGUACUUUAUUCUCUUUUGCGUUGCAAUCGCAACGGCGGUCUGCAUCUAUUGGAAGCUAAUAAGACCACACUCCCACUGGAAAAGACUCGGAGUAAAGCAGGGAAAGCCUGCGUUUCUCAUGGGCGAUAACUCCCAGGCAACCAAAAAACACUCGUUCGUCGAGAUGGUUCAUCACAUGUACAAACUUAGUCCACAGGAUAGAUACACAGGCGUUUAUAUGAUGCUGAAUCCCAUGCUGUUGGUACGCGAUCCCGAGUUGAUCAAACAAAUCACCGUGAAAGACUUCGAUCAUUUCUCUGAUCAUGUUCAGAUGAUGCCGACGGACCAUGACAAGAUGUGGAGUCAGAAUUUAUUCACGAUGCGAGGUGAGAAAUGGCGCGACAUGAGAGCGACGCUAAGUCCGGCAUUCACCGGCAGCAAGAUGAAAUUGAUGUUUGAGUUGAUGCGAGAGUGCGGCGAGCAGUUCACCAGCCACUUUGAGGAAACCUACGGCGAUGAGACCGUUGAGCUCGAGCUGAAGGAUGCUUUCCAACGUUUUGGUACCGAUGUGAUUGCAUCAUGCGCGUUCGGCGUCAAGUGUGAUUCUCAACGUGAGCGCAACAAUGAUUUCUAUCUAAUGGGCAAAGAAAUGACUGACAUGGCCUCGUUCAGGAAGAGAAUGAUGUUCUUCGUCAUGUUUAUAUCACCAAAAUUGGCACAAUUUUUCGGUUUCACGUUCUUCCCGAAAAAAGUCGAAGACUUUUUCUUGGAUCUGGUGCGAAGUACAGUGGAAUAUCGCGAGAAGAAUAAUAUUAUUCGCCCCGACAUGAUCCAUUUGUUGAUGGAAGCGCGCAAUGGACGCCUGCAGCACGAUGCGCUCGAAAACACCAAAGAUACCGGCUUUGCAACCGUCGAGGAAUCCGCAAUUGGUAAGGAUCGUCGCAAUAAAACUGAAAAACAGGAGAUCACGCUGGAGAUCAUGACCGCUCAGGCCCUCCUGUUUUUCUUCGGCGGUUUUGACUCGGCUGCGACUCUGGCCAGCCUAUGCUCCUACGAACUGGCGCUAAAUCCUGAUAUCCAGGAGCGUCUACGCGAGGAAAUCCAUGAGACCUUGCGCGAAUGCAACGGCAAGAUCACGUACGAGGCGUUAAUCAAUAUGAAGUACAUGGAUAUGGUCGUUGCAGAAGCCCUAAGAAAAUGGCCGCCGGGGUCAGUCGCUGACAGACUCUGCGUUAAGGACUACACAAUUGAACCACGCUGCCCUGGAGAGCCACGUAUCAAUUUGAAGGAAGGUGAUAAAAUCUGGAUACCCUACAUCGGCCUCCACCGCGACGAAAAAUACUUCCCGGACCCGGAACGCUUCGAUCCCGAACGUUUCAACGACGAAAACAAAGCCAACAUUAAGCCGUACACCUAUUUUCCGUUCGGCUCAGGGCCGCGUAACUGCAUCGCGUCGCGCUUCGCGCUUCUAGAGACCAAGACGGCGAUGUUCUACUUGCUGAACAAGUACGAACUGACCGUGAUCGACAGGACGCCGAUUCCCCUCGUGCUGGAGCGGACUGGCUUCGCGCUGAACGCCGAGGGCGGCCUUUGGAUUGGCUUCAAGCCCAUCAAGCGGGCCGCCUGAAAGUUUUAUUUUAUUUUUUUCAUGCUUUCACGUUUAAUGCGUUAUAAUCCGGGGGGGACGUAGCUGUUAAUGUGUGAGCGCCAAAGCACAUAUUAAUAAUAUUUUGUGAUCGCCGUGCACGGGGGAAGUUUAGAUGCGGGGGAGCUAUACGUAUUGUUUCACAGUUUCACAGUUUCACAGCCCGAUUAAUCACUCCCUGCAGCACUAUUGCUUUAUUACCGGUCGCGAGCUGAAAACUUCAAAUCAAAUAUUUGAAUGUGCAAGAUCAAAGUGAAAAUAGAUUCGUGAUUGCACUAAACUUUUAGGAAUUCAAUAUAACAUCUGUAUUUGCGUGAAUUAAAUAGCGCUCGACUAAAAA